UAUCCGAGAAUUCUUUCUUAUAGUUUCUGAUCAGUUUGUGAGAGAGCCGGUCGCAAAUGCUUGCCUAAAAAUUAUCACCGAUUUUAUCCACCUAUUCAUCUCAAUAAUUCACUGAUCUUCCCUCACCGUAAGAACGCAGAGGGACAUUUCGUGACGGUGCUGAUGUAUGCGCAAACAUGAUUGAAUAUGCAAAACAGCAUUAUGGAGUUGAUGAUAAAUUGUCCUACCUUCAAUUAGAUAUCCAAACACCUGAACUGCCAGAAAACUUGAUUGAACACUUUGAUAACGCAGUGUCGUUCUAUGCCCUUCACUGGUGCAAGAAUACAAAACAAGUAUUGAAAAACAUAUAUAAACUCCUUCGUCCAGGGGGUAAGGCCAUCAUUCUGACAAUUUCACAUCACAUGAUCUACGAUAUGUAUCCGGAACAGGAAAACGAUCCAAGAUUUGCACCAUACGUAAAGAAUUCAAUGAAGUGGGCACCUCCUCACCAGGGCUGUUCGGAUGCUGAGCAGAUCAUGAAGAAAGAUUUAAUUGAAGCUAAAUUCAACGUGGAGUACUGCACUAACAAAUGGGAAACAUUCAAGUAUCCGAGUUUUGAGGCUUUCAUGGAUUUAGUGAUGGCCGUCAAUCCAUUUGUGCACCUGAUGCCAAUUGAUGUUCAAAAAGAAUACAGAAAAGAUAUGGAGGAACGACUCAAGAGCCAGUGUCCUGUCUCCAAGAAAGACAACACUACAGAUUGUCGCGUUUCAAUACUCACCACUAUAAUCCAAAAACCUCCGAUUUCAGAAGAAAUUGAUUUCAACAGACAUGUUUAAUGGUUGUCCACGGAAAAAUGCAAAUGUAAUAGACUUAAGGUAUUUUGGAGUCACUCAUAGGUUCAUUUUUACUGGUUAAAUAUGGUUGACCAAUCAAUUUAUAGAUGCUGACACUCUUAGACACUUGAUUAUGACUAUUUGUAAUUUUCUAAAUCAAUUUAUUCCUGAUUUUUCUGAUUUUAAAUUUGUUAAUUAAUUUGUGGUGAAGCACAAGCUUUCACCUUGUCUUUUUCUUUGCUUUAUCUCACUCUAAAGACUAUUUUAUCAGACCGAGUAGAAGCUGGCUUCUCCUAUUAAAAAAUGAUGAAAAAAAAAUUUUAUUGGUAAAAUGUAAUUCUUAAGUUGAAUGACUCUUCGUUAUAUUGU